GCAUAAAGGACCGACGGGAAUCUGGGCUUUCCCACUCUGGUAGCAAAGGGGGGAAUUAUGGGUUGGUGGUCUGCUUCAUGUUAGGAGGACACCCCUCCAUCUGUUCACAGCUCAGCCUGCUUCCAAUUUAAAGCCUAGAUUUCAACACAAACUUCAAUUUCUAUUUCCCCAUUUUAAAUGCAAAGUAAGGCUCCUGGAUCCUAAUGUCUCUGCUCCUGGAAUUUGGAACACUUUCCCCCCAAAAAAUUGUCAGGCUGUUUGUUUAAAUACCUGCUUACUGUGGCACACAAUGGGCAGCUCUGAGAAGAAAAAUUGAUAAUCUUCACGGAAGAGUAAUUUGAAUGAAAUUACACUUGACAGCCAGCCUCUAAGCAAACAAGAGGCGCAAGGGAGCCUUCGCUGAGCUCUGAGGACUUGCCCAAGCCACUGCUGUUCGAGCCUCAGAGGGGGGGAAGACCCACCACGUUUUUUUUUUUUCCUCAACAUCUAAUUGAGCUUUUGAUUAAUUCCGUGCACCAGAUUCUACUGAAGAAAGGUAGCCAUGGAAGAGAAUAUGGAAGAGGGGCAGACACAGAAAGGGUGCUUUGAAUGCUGCAUUAAAUGUCUGGGAGGCAUUCCCUAUGCUUCUCUGAUUGCCACUAUCCUGCUUUAUGCGGGUGUUGCUCUGUUCUGUGGUUGUGGUCAUGAAGCACUUUCUGGAACUGUCAACAUUCUGCAAACCUACUUUGAGAUGGCAAGAACUGCUGGAGAUACCCUGGAUGUUUUCACCAUGAUUGACAUCUUCAAGUAUGUGAUCUAUGGCAUUGCUGCUGCUUUCUUUGUAUAUGGCAUCUUACUGAUGGUGGAAGGCUUCUUCACAACUGGGGCCAUCAAAGAUCUGUAUGGAGAUUUCAAAAUCACCACCUGUGGCAGAUGUGUGAGCGCUUGGUUUAUUAUGCUGACGUACCUUUUCAUGUUGGCCUGGCUGGGAGUCACGGCUUUCACCUCACUGCCAGUUUACAUGUACUUCAAUCUGUGGACCAUCUGCCGAAAUACCACUCUAGUGGAGGGAGCAAACCUCUGCCUGGACCUUCGUCAGUUUGGGAUUGUGACUAUUGGAGAGGAAAAGAAAAUUUGUACUGUCUCUGAGAAUUUUAUGAGAAUGUGUGAAUCUACUGAGCUGAACAUGACCUUCCACUUGUUUAUUGUGGCACUUGCGGGAGCUGGAGCAGCAGUCAUUGCUAUGGUUCACUACCUUAUGGUUCUGUCUGCUAACUGGGCCUAUGUGAAAGAUGCCUGCCGGAUGCAGAAAUACGAAGACAUCAAAUCAAAGGAGGAACAAGAACUUCAUGAUAUUCAUUCCACUCGCUCCAAAGAGCGGCUCAAUGCAUACACAUAAAUGAAUUUCUCUGUUCUUUCCAUUUGAAUGCAUUGGUGUUUAACUAAGGGCCAUCCAACCAUACAACAUUUGAAAAACAAAAUGAAUGUGCUUCUCAUCAAGGAUAUGUCGGGUGACUUAUGAACCAUCCAAGUACAAAUCCUUGUUGUUUAGCACUUAAUGUCUUAAUCUGUUAAAUUAGUAUAAUCAGGUCUCUUCUACGAGCUCUUAUACAGUCCUUUCUUUUAAUUUCUCAGACUUGAUAGUUCUAUAAGAUCAAAGAUAAUAACAUGAUCAAAUGUAAAAAUUGGUUUGAUUUUUUAACCAUUUCCAAAAUGUUAUACAUAACAUCUUUUACAUUAUUUCUUAUGUUUUGAAAAGAAAAUAGCUUUUUUAUACAUUUUAGUUUUGAUUUCAGUAACUAGUUUAACUACAGGUAACCUUCAAAGGGACUAUUGUAUAUUAUGAACAUGAGAUAGAGAUGACAUCAUGGUGACUCUUCCUGAAAUACAGAAAUCUUUUCUGGAGAUCAGUGGCCACAUGAUCAUAGGCCCUGGUUAAUGGUUUCAUCAAUCUAAGGUGCAAUUUCUAAAUUCUUAAAGGUAGAUUAAAAAAAAGUGCUUCUUAUCUUUGUUAACAUUGUAUUUUUUCUUGAUGUACUUAAGAACGCAUUUCUCUCUGAUUACUCAUAUUUAUGUUGUGCGCAUGUAGAAACAGUAAUGCUAAUGCAUGGCUAGUUGCCUUUCUAAGACUGUGACACCAGGCUAACCUUCUGAAGUUUAGUAUAGAAAUAAUCUCACUGGAACUAUCUAACUGUGGACUGUUGGAAAAUGAUCUUUUUGUGAUUUAUGCAGUGGCUGGAUUGGAACUUUUAAUAUGCUAAUGUGGAAAAUUCAUUACCUUUAUAAAGGUGAUAUAUUAAAAAUAAGCACAGUAACCCCUCAAAAGUUGUCUUACCUACUUAAAAACUUUUAACGGAUUGCACCUCUGUAAGCUAUUCCUAAAAUGUGUAUGAUAUAUUUGAAAAGGCUUCCAUUAAUAUAAUAGCUUUGCUUGCAGCCUUCCAAUAUAUGUUGGUUUACCUGUAGUGUUUCCUAAAGUGUGGUCAGAGGCCACUAUAGAAUGUUAUUGUUUGGAAGUAUAGUGAUAUAUUUGUGUUUUUAUUUCAAGUAAGUCAUUUUAACCAAAUGUUUAUUCAUAUUCAUUUAUAAGAAGUACCUGUAUCAGAAAAAAUUUAUAAGUAAACAUUCAGUAUUAUUUGAUUAUAUUUGUGUUUCUUUUAACGUUGAAUUUCUUCUUUUAUUGAUUAUUUCUAAUGCUACAAGAAUGCUGUAAAGUGUCUUUUAAAAUAAUGAUGUAGCCUGACAAGACAUUUUUGUCAGUUUAUAAAACUAAAUAGUAUUAUGCACUUAUUUGACCUUGUGAAAUCCUUCCUCAGUGUAAGUGCAUUUCUAAUAAAAUUAUUGAGUGAAACAAUCUUUGUACAACUACUAGUUAUGCAUCAUCAGUAAUUUUAUAAGUUCUUGUAGUACGCAAUGGGUAUUACUAGCAUUAUCUAUAGCAUGAUUAUGCAUUCUGUAGUAUUAAUUUGGGGUUCUUUUGCUUUUAUAACACUUAGAUUAUCUUACUGGUUCAACAUUUUUCUGAUAUAUGCAGUAUUAAAUAUAUUCAUCAAAAGUAUUAAUGGGCUUCUUGAAUUCUAUAUUAUAGUGUUUCAGUUCUGUGUCUACAGUUUGUGAUGAUUUUUAAAACUGUCUUUUAAAUUUAUGUAAUGAUGUUGACCCUUUGGGCUUUUAUUUCUGGUAUUAGAAUUUGUAUUUCCACAGAGUGCUUUGUAGCAGGCAUUACAAUUAAUCUGUUUUGUACAUAAAUGUGCCAACAGCUUGAUGGUGGCGUUUUUGAAAUGUAGAACAAAGUGCUUGCAAAAUGUAAUAAAUACAGUUGUGUACUUUGUGUACUUA